GAAGUGACUGACGAUGUGUGAACUGUAUGUAGAUCAGAUCAUGUGCUUGCGACACAUUUGGUCUCAUUCUGUCGGUCUGUGCAGGUAAAAUGCAUAUCGUCCUUGAAAACAACUCAGAAAAUACAGAGCUCUAGGGAGAGCAUUCCUUUUUAAUGAUCUGGAACAAUAGAAACAGUAGUACUUUUGCCCUCUUUGUCGAAAAAUGUUGACUUACAGUAAUCUUUUGAGCUCAAUAAACUAUGAUGCUGAUUAUUCAUCAUGGAACACACGGUUAAUUAUUAUGGCGUUGGGUUUUUUUGUUUACCUGGGGAUUUUUCUAAUAUCCCAUAUAGUAUCACUUGCUCUUUGUGGAACCUACAGGUCCAUACCUGACAAGGAGAAAGUAUUUUGGGACCUUGCAGCUACUCGGGCAGUGUUUGGAGUGCAGUGCACCUAUACUGGUCUGACUGCUUUACUCUUCGAUCCAGUCCUUGGUAAUGACAAGGUCUUAGCUCAGCAGAGCUGGUCUUGGUUUGUUAUUUUGACUGCAACAGGCUUUUUUCUUUUUGAAAAUAUAGCUCUUCAUGCUUUUAAUUUUCUGUUUUGGACAUGUGAUCUCUUUCUGGCUGUUCACCACUUGUUUGCAUUUUUGGGCUUUUUUGGUACCAUGAUCUAUACCUCAGUUGGACAUUAUAUACCCUGUUUAGUUGUAUUACUUGAGAUGAGCACACCUUUUACUUGUAUAUCGUGGAUGCUUCUAAAGGCUGGCUGGUCAGAUACUUUAUUAUGGAAAGCAAACCAAUGGGUAAUGAUUCACAUGUUCCAUUGUCGCAUUGUCCUUACUUACCACAUAUGGUGGAUAUGUUUUUGCAAUUGGGAUAAUUUGGUGAGUUCCACCCCAGCUCCUUAUUUAGUCUUGUUCUUGACUGGAUUAACAUUAGUAACAUUUGUAAUGAACCCCUACUGGACUCAUAAGAAGACUUACCAGCUUUUAACUCCUGUUGACUGGAAUUUUGAAGCAUCCUCUCUCAAAUCAUCUUUACUUAAGACAGGAAAUGGUGGACUUAAGAAGACAAAAUAGGAGCCUAAUGAAGAAGGUGUUACAGGACAUGUUAGAAUAAAUAGUUUUAAUACACACACUGCUCAAAAUUCCACUCACUACUACUGUGCUAUGGAAUCUCCAGAUGUGCGGGCAACAGGCCUGUCUAGUAGCAUAGGACAUUUUAAGGCCUGUAUAUACAUCUAUACACAUUUCUUUUUUUUUUAUUUAAAGUGCUCCUUAAUUAUUACAACUCCUAUUCGUUUUUAUUUUUUUUAUUUAUUUUAUUUAAUAAAUCACAGAAGCCAUAGAAAAUAACUUUACUCUAGCACCAGGACUGUCUCCUCACUGUAGUCUGAUCAUCCUCCUGUGAAGUCUUUAAGACUGAUGACUUAUGUCCAAUCAGAUGCUUCUCAUAGAGAAGCAUUAAGAUCACAAUCACCAUGAUCUGCCAAUCUGAUGCUUUUCUCUAAGAAGUGUUGAAUCUAAAGCUUCUCAUACAGAACUAUUAGACACGUACAGAAUCUACCAUAAAUAUACUUUGCACCCCUACUGGAAGUCCAAUAGAUUAAGUAAUUUAAUCAAAGUUCAUCUAAAGCUCUUAAAGGCUGUCUGACAGCCAUUAGUAUGUGUAAAAUUUGCAAAGUGUGAAUAGUGGUGUUCCUUAGAAAUGGCACUGACCACAACAGAAAAACUGCAGGGCCGCCAUCUAUGCCCCCAAAUCACUUUAUUAAUGGAACAUCCUAACUUUACAAAUUGAGAGAAGUAUUGAAUCAUAAAAAAAUGCUUGCCACUUUUGCAUCAUCAUGCUGUAGAGUCGUGUUUUUAGCCAAAUGUAAACAGUAUUGUUUCUCAGAAAAGGCAGUGUUUUGUGUUUGUCAGAGUAAUGGGAAAGCACCUAUGCCCCCAAAGCCACCAUAUUAAGAUGUAGUGUAUUGGGUGCUUAGAGUGCUCCUUUAUGCUGAAGUGAUUUUAAUGAUUGGACUGUCCCAUAAGAUUAUAAAGUGUUGAGCACUCAAUAGCUGCUAUAAAGCUAGGAAUUUUGUCCAGACGCCUUGGUGCUUGUCAGCCCAUUCAGCACUGGCCACCUAAGGGCCCAACCUAGGCUGACGGCUGUGUGGAAUGGCAAUAGGCGGCCAAGGAGUAGUAGUCUUUCAGAUCUCCUUGCUCUGCUCGCGUGCCCUGCAGGGAUGCCAGGAUAUCACGUAACUCCGUCCCAGCAUCACUAAACGGUGCGUGAGGGAGCAGAGCAAGAAGACCUUUAGGGUUACAGGAUCACAGCAGCUCCACUGGACCUCAUGGAAAGGAUCCUCGUUGGACCCCAUGGAAAAUAAAUACACUCCAGCUUUUCCAAAGGUAGGGAGGCUGGGCGGACGUAAAUUAGAUUUAAAAAAAAAAUUUGAGUGUGAUUGUGUGCCUGUCACUGAGUGGCUGUUUAGGUGACCAGCACUCACUUUUUUUUCCCACAACGUGCCAGUCUUGCCUCGGUUGGCUCUGCCUCGAUGGCUGACAUAAUCUUGAUGAUCUCACCCAAUCCUAUGUUUUCCUAUAGGAACACAUUUUUACGCUAUUGCGCAUGGGUGUCAAAACGCCACGCUGUGCCAAUCAGCAUCUCCUCACAUAGAUGCAUUGAAUCAGUGAAUCUCUAUGGGGAACGUUCAGUGCCUACAUUCAGAGCGUGGAGAU